UACACACACACCACACACACACACACACACACACACACACACACAUUCUCUGUGGUUGAAUAACUGAAAGGUACAAUUAUGUGUGAGAGAUACGUCAACAAACUCAUUGAGUUGUCCUUUUUUUCCGUUUAGGCAAAUUGCAGAAAGCUGCUGAGAAGAAAGAUGACCAAAGUGUUCUUUUACAUAUAAAAGACAAAGACUGUGUGGCUCUGGAGGUGCGGUACCACUAAAGCUGUUACAGUCAGUACACCAUGUUUUUGCUGAGACCUGACAAACCAGAGACAGAACAGGAUGAGGCAAUGUUUGAUGCCAGUUACAAGCUGUUCUGUGAGAGGAUCAUCCGCCAGAGGCUGCUUGUCAACAAUGAGGUGCUUAGAAUGGGCCAGCUGAGGCAGGCCUUCAUUGACAUGGUGAAAGCAAACAAAGGUGUUGAUGCUUCAAACUACAGACAGGAUCUGUUGAAGAAGAGGCUGGCUCAAGAUUUCCCUCAGCUAGCGUUUCACAUGCCCACCAAGCGCAACGUCUGCGAACUGGUUUUUGCUGAGACUCUGUCAAAGGAUGCACUCGUGGACAUGCUACCAGAUCCAUCCGGUACGGAAACAACACAGUCCAGUGAAUUGAGCCAGACAGACAGCGACAAUGAAACAGGGAGAACAAAGUGCCAAACAACACAUGAGGACACAAGGACACUGUAUACAGCAGCGUUGUUUUUGAAAAGACUGCUUAGUGACACUCCUGGCAUGUCAUGCCCAUGGCCUCCCACUUCUGAAAAUGUAAAUGUCACUGAAUCUCAAACUGUUGUCCCCAUUGGACUAUACAAUCUGCUCAGCUGGAUUAUAGGUUCCACUGAGGAGCCAACACUGGAUCAUUAUGUCAACAUUGAUGAUGACGUACAUUUGAAAGUGUUGUCUGUUUGUCAAGACAUUGUGUACCUUGCUUCCAAGGGCCGCAAGCAGACACCCAAGUCCUUGGCUUUAGGUUUAACUGUUCGACAUUUAACUGGAUCAUCACGCAUUGUAUCACUGCUUAACAGACUGGGACAUUGUGCAUCAUGGGACACAGUUUUGAGUCUAGACACUAGCCUUGCCCAACUGACACUAGUAGAAGGCAGAGACAAAAUACCGAAGGGAUUCUCAAAGCGGACACCCACAACACUUGUGUGGGAUAACAUUGACUUUGGUGAGGAGACACUAUCGGGUCGUGGAACUACUCACCAUACAAAUGGAAUUAUGCUCCAGAGUGUGCCCGGCGAGCCUAUGUCCACAGCAAUCAGACAGCCACUGAGAAAGGGAGUUACCUCAUUCAUAGCCCCCCCCCCAAUGCCUAUACAACCUUACCAUCAGUCCAAAAGGCAAGGGCCACAGAACUUGUGUCAACCAGUGCAGUCAGCGACAUGCAGAAUGGACACCCACUUUGCUGUACAAGCUGAAAUGGCAUAUGCUUUUGUGAAGUCCACAUGUACGGAUAGUUGUACAAUCCCAAGCUGGACAGGGUUCCAUACACUGCUUCAGGAUGAAAACACUCUGCAGAAGUCCGCAUUGUAUUAUCUUCCAGUCAUUGAAGCCUCACCAACAGAGAUGUCAACAGUCAACACUUUCCUGAAGCGAAGUGUCCAGAUUGCUGACCAGCUAGAACUGGAUCAUAUAGUUUAG